UCGAUUGAGAUAAAAUCUCCACAAUCUCCCUCAUCUUUUCAUUCACUUCCAUUCCUCCUCCCCUUUUAGAAAAAAACCCAAAAUGUUCUUUCCUCUCCUUCAACUCAGAUUCAAUUCAAUCACUCACUAAAACCCGAUUCAAUUCAAUCACUCGCUAAAACCCUCCUUGCACUUUAGAUUUGUUUCAUCAUGUUUGGGUUAUUGGUUUCGCUGAUUUUUAUUCAUCUGGGGUCGUUUAUGAUGAGAAAGCCAAGGAAGCGUCUAGAUCAUGGGUUCUGUGAUGCAUUGAUACUCCUGGAAACACGCAGCAUUUUUACGAUUUCUUCUUCUUAUUAUUUUAUAUAUUUUAAAUUUCAAUUUCGCUCCAUCUCCCACGAAGAACCGAAAGAGAAGGGAGAAACAACUGUCCACCCACAACUCUAUUCUCUACACUACUAGGAUUCUCUCUCUUCCCGCAUUUCAUCACCUGUAUCCCUCGCAAUCACAGAGCUUUUCCAAUUGAUUCGUUGUCUGAUUCUAAAAAUUUCUUUUCCCUAGAUAGAGAUCAUGCGAUCCUGUGCUUUUACUUGUCCUAAUAUGUUGAGAACACCGAGCAAUCUGUAUCUUCCGUACCAAAAUUCUAUGUUGGUGAAGUCGCUUUUCUUCAAGAAAGCUCCUCCAGAACCAACAGCUACAGCUUUUAGUGUUGUUGUUAAACCUGCUCAGGAGGUGUUCAAGCAGAUUGGAGUUCUCAUUCCAGAUUCAGGAAUGAGAGUUGCUGUCUAUAAAACUGGUGUUUCCACUAUUGGUUGGGUUUUACUUGCCCUAGGAUCAUUGGUUCUCUCCAAAAUUCAUCAAGAUCAGCCGCACUUUAAGAAGGGGGAUUUGGUUGAGUACAAGGAUGAGGAUUGCUUAGUGAAGCAAGUUGGAUACUCGACUAUCGUACUUGAAGGUGUUCAUGGCCGUUUUGGUGUUGAAAACACUAGCGCAAACCGCUCCCUUACCAGAAAUUCAUCGCGUGAGGUCGUCGGCACAGAGGAAUUAGUGAGUUUUCAGAUGACUUUCGAUGUUAAAGAAAGACAUGAGGAUAUCUGUGACCUGAUUGUAAAGCACAUGAAGUCUAAUCAGAAUUCGAAUUGUCAAAUGGUUCACAACUAUGCUAUCAUUCUCCCUAAUCGAAAGAUUCAAGUAGUUGGCUGUUUGAACCGUAAGAACAUUGCUAGACCUCAAUAUGAAAACUACAGAACAAUGAAAGCGUUGAUUCUUUCGGAAAUAAGUAAAAUCGUGGAUGAUAACCAGCCAAGGCCUACAUGUGAGAUGUGCCAGGGAAAAAAGGCACCUGAGCUCCCGAAGGUUGGGGGGGAAAGCAAUAGCGGAUGAAGAAGUGAGCUAGUGUUGCCGAUCAAUACAUUCUGACAUACCCUAAUCAUUUCUUUUACACAUUCGACAUACCAAGCUCCUUCCCUAGUUAUAUAGAGUUUUACUUUGCACGAGAUAACAAACUGCAGAAGAACUGUUUAUUAACCUGCGACUUCGUUUGUACAAACAUUUCCCCCAUAUUAUUACCUCUGACAGUUCCUUGAUGAAACUAUGUUAUGUUCUGUAAUGACUAAUGAGGUAAUAUGAAUCUGCCAACUUCUACUGUAUGCAUAUUUCGACGUUGUUUGGAAUCUUUGGAUCA